AAGAAUCCGCCAUUAUUAACAGUCUUGGUUUUAACAAUACAUGCCCAUGUGGCGUAUCGUGAUGCUAUUCGCCAGACUUGGGGCUCGGAAGCCUCUAAAGUGGUGUUUAUAGUUGGAUUGAAUAAAAACGAAUCUGUAAAUGCUAAUUUGAUAAAGGAAGCUGAAAGAACUAAAGAUAUAGUGAUGUUUGAUUUCAUCGAUUCCUAUUUUAAUUUAACUUACAAAGUGUUGAUGGGCUUCAAAUGGAUAAAAGAGCAUUGUAAUAACACCAAAUAUGUCAUGAAAGCUGACGAGGAUACAUUUGUUGACAUUAAUGUUAUUUAUAAAAAAUUGCAGUCUCCUCUAUGGAAUGACAAGAUCAUUGGACCAUAUUUCACAAACCAACUUUGUCAACGGAAAGGGAAAUAUAAAGUGCUCAUAUCGUCGUACCCGUUUCAUGUCUACGCGCCCCAUGUUAAAGGCAAUAUGUAUCUGAUGCCUAAAGACGUUGCAAUGAAACUGCUAAAUGUAUCAUAUUACAUGCCGUAUUGUAAUAUGGAAGACGCUUAUAUU